GACAAAACAUACUACUUGAUCAGUGACGCUGAUGCCAUAAAACAAAUCCUGGUAUCCAAGUCAUUUAAGUACCACAGACCAGUAGAAUCAGAACGUGUUACUUUAUUCCCACACAAGAACGUUCUUUUCUCAAAUGGAAAAGAUCAUUCCAGAAUGAGGAAAAUGGUUAACCCCGCAUUUAAAGUGAAUAAUUUGAAAGCUAUGGUUGAGGUUUUUGAUGACAAGGCUAAAGUACUUGCAAAGGUAAAUAAAUGUGUGCUUUUUAAGCGUAGUUGAUAAUAAGGUUGAUUUCAAGGUUGAUUUUAAGGGUAGUUGGUAGUUGAUAGUUUAAAGGGUAGAUGUUUCCCCUCACCAGCUAAGCAGGAUAUAACUUCGCCCCCAACCCUCACCAGCUAAGCAGGAUAUAAAUAUCAUGCGUUUAGUUGGAUCCAUGCAGUAUCCGUUUCCCUAUUAGAAAGCUUCACAACCUCAUUUUAGGCCAGUUAGCCACAGCCACUGGCCGUGUGGUUUUGGUAAGUACAUUUUAAAGUACAUUUUCCGAAUUGUGUUAGUGAAACACGACAAACUACAGCUAGUGCAUUGUCUUUUGGGAACUGUAUACAGCCCGGCAUUACUUUGUUUAUAGAUAUAUCGACAAAAAUUGAGCCGGACAUUUUCGUUCACACAAACUUAAAACAGUAAAUAACACAUUACUGUCGUUGCAAUGGAAGUGUUGAUAAAAUAUCGCAUCAAUUCAUUUACUUAGAGCUGAUCAAUUCAUUCGUUGAAAAAUUGAUCAACUUCCUGUGUGUUUGAAUCAACCAAUGGCUUUGCGUUUCAGUGACUGAUUAACCAAUUGGGAACAAGCAUGCCAGUAAACAGGAAGUUGAGCAAUUUUUGACCAAAUAAAUUGAUUAAUGUUAGAUAAUGAAUUGUUGCAAUAUAUUAUCAACACUUCUAUUGCAACGACAAUAACAGAAACUUUAUAGAAAGGCGGUAAACAAUUACGUACCCUAUUCGCGCCUAUAUAUAGCGUAUAAUUAGACACGUUUUUAGCCGCACCACAUUUUACAUCAGGCACACCACUAAAAUAACAGGAAAUAAGACCUACAGAAACAACAGAAAUUGUGUAAAUUACAUACAAUGAAAUUUAAAAAACGUUUACAGUUUCUCAAUGUCUCCGUUGUUGGACAAACUGAAGAGAGAAUUCAAAUUUGGAUUGACUUAUGCGCAACGUUAACUGUUGCCAUAUUAUACUUGUCCACCCAUGCCAUUGUUUUAAAACUUAUUUCGGUGCUUGGUGUCCUUCAGAUUUUUUCCCCGCUUGGACAUGUAUUUUCCCCAUGUUGUCAAAAGAUUCUUUACCGAAGUCACAAUAUUACACGAAUCAAUUUAUAAAUAGCACAUUCCAAGCAUUUAUAAAUUUCCAAACACGGCGUUGCAUAUAAUGAACCAGGAAGUGUUCUUAUUAUACACUCACAUGCACUUAACCAAUCAGUAAUCGUUGAGAGGGUCACGUGCCGAUCCAAUAUUUUACGAUAUUGGACAGGAACCUAUUGGACAGUUGCGAAUUGUGGUUUUUUUCAUGGUUUUUCAACCCUUUUCAGAUGUUUUGUCAAUUUCAAACAUAUGACAAACGAUAUGGCAGAAUAAUGAAAAGAAUUUGGGACAUUAAUACAGUUUUUUCUACCAGUUUUGUUUAAAAUUAUAAAAGCGCGGAAAAACUUGUCUUCGCGAAAUUUAUUUGUUUGUAACCGCCUAGAAGUUAGUAAUUUUAUUUUUUUCGUUAAGAUUAGGUCAAAUUUCCUUUAAACAUACAUGAAUUGAGCAUUUAUGCACACAUAUUUGUAAAAACAGGUUUAUUAACUUUUGUUUUAGUUAUUUAAGCAAAUUCGCCGCCGAUAUACUGGGUGGGGCAAAAAAAGUCUCUGAUCUCGUCAAACCAACCCACUAAUUGAAACAAUAUAAUCGCAAGAAAAUGGUAAAGGUUGUUCAAUUGGUUUUAAUAGGGCCUUUUCAGCUAAUUCUCGGCGGUUCCAAAAAUGUCUGUUUAAGUUUAAACACAGUUUCUCAGUCAAUAUUGCAUGAAAAGGUACAAGACAUAUAUCAAAAUUUAAAUUAAACAUCGUGGAAUAUAUGGUGACUUAUUUAAGUGUAAUAGCUCUUUUACUUUUUAAGCUAUAGUAAAUCAAACAGUCGUACUAUGUUGUCGCUGUAUUAGUCUCGCUGUAUUUACUUUAUCGCUUAUUGACAAUUUUUGUUAUAGAAUUGUUUUGUUCGAUAUAAUAAAACUCCUAAUGGAUUCAUCUUCGCCCAAUAUGGCAAAAUAUUAAGUCUCGACUUCAAUAUUAGGCUCGACCUUCGGUCUCGCCCAGUAUUGAAUUCUCGACUUAAUAUUUUGCCAUAUUGGGGUCAGAAGAAUCCAAUAAGAUAGACUGAAUUUCCGAAUUCAGUUUUAUAUGUACCAUAUAUUUAUUUUUCAGUACUGGAACGGCAUUAUCAGUGCGAAGUCAAAGAGCAACGCUAAAAAAGAAUGCCAUUUGUUUGUGCAAAACGAUUUGAAUCGCAUGUCUUUGGAUGCGUUAGGCGAAUGUGUAUUUGGUUUUGAGUUUAACACCAUCGAAGCAGGUGAUACCAUAAUAUCCCGUGCAUUCACUGAUUUAUGCGCUGGUUUAAAUCCGACUACAAAGUCAUUCUCACGAAACCUACUCCUGUGGUUCCCAUUCCUUAAAUGCUUCAUGAAAAGUGUCAUCAAACGUGAAGAAGCGCUUAAAACCAUUUCGUGCGUUAUCAAACAGGUAAGAGCAGCUAGUAUUGAGGUAAACAUCUCUUUUUGUUUUGAAAAUAACAAUUCUUUUAUUCAAACUGAGGUGGGAGGUAGCUUAGUCGUAAGAGCCAUCAUAGUAAUUCUUGCGUCGUACUUGUAACAAUUAUGUUGCAUUUAAUUAUCUACGAGACAAAUUUUCGCAGAAUUUCGUUGGAAGGCUAAAUCCCAGUCAGUUACGAAACAUUAAUAUAACAAGAAUUCACCCGAUAAUAACUGUAACUAAGUAAUUGAAUCAGAAAGUAGAAAAUUAAUUAAUUAAUUUAUAUCACCAGUAUCAUCACUUUUAUAUAUCUGCGUUAUAAAUCAAGCCUCACCAACAUCAUUACAGUCCAUGCAUCAUCAUAACAUAAUUCACUAAAAUCAUCAUUAUCUACACUAUUCCAAUUCUAUCAGUCACAUUGAAUCGAAAUUUCAUUUCACUCCACACACCAUUUGAUGUUCACCCAAUAGAAUGUCCCAACAGGUCAGCAGGGCCAUUUCACAGCAUUCCAGGAUCUGAAUACCUAUACAACCACCUUUUUGAUCCAAUUCUAAAAAACAAACAACAAAUUACUAAUUUGAAGGGACGUUUGACGUAGUUAUCAUGCAAUUGAGUAUCUACACUAGAUAACCUUCAACAUACUGUAGUUAGAGUAUUGUAAUUACGUUAGUAUUCACCCUACAAUUUUACUACUUUGCACGCUUUGGAUUAUCAAAUCGGUUCAUCAUCAUUUGCCAUUGUCCUUUUAAUUUACCUCAAAAUUGAAAUUAAGUAGCCGGUUCCCCUUAUUACGUAUUCUGAAUACAACUACUAUGAUACUUUGCGGGUAUUUUCUUCAUUAUGCAAUGACACGUCCGAAAAGCAUGCUGGUAGUUGUAUUCAGAAUACGCAAUAAGGGGAACCGGCUAUUUGCUAAUUAAAAUGAUUUAUAACCUUGCCUAGAAGCAUGACAUAUAAACAUGAAUGAUCAAACAUGAACCAUGGUACGUGACACCAUAGGUCGCAAGGGCAAUCGUGAAUGCAAUUAUUUUCUAGCCGCCACCAUAAUGUCUGUAACUCGGAAUUGUAAAACAUUUUCUCAUUUUCCCAGUCAUGUUACCAUAUUUGUAUAGAUAAUCGAUGGUAAACGUGAAAAGAAGCCAGACAUUUCUACUACACGAAAAGACCUACUGGAUCGUCUUCUUGAGGCUGUUGAUGACGAGACUGGCCAAGGUAUGGAUGAAGAAGAGCUAUUUGGCGAGGUAUUCACAUUUUUAUUUGCUGGCCACGAAACAAGUUCUAUUGCCUUGUCUUGGAUCCUUUAUCAUCUUGCUCAAUACCCUGACAUUCAGGAAAAAAUCCGUCGGGAAGUUAAAGAGACAUUAACCGAACAAGAAGGAAGUUGGGAAGCCUACGAGUCAAUGGAGUAUCUUACAGCCGUGAUAAACGAGUCAAUGCGUCUUCGACCUCCAAUUGCUGUAUAUCGUAGAAAGGUAAUUCAAGACGAUAAUAUUCUAGGCUACAACAUACCUGCUGACUCUGUGAUUAUCAUUCCACCCUACGUUCUCCAUCGUAAACCUGAAUAUUGGUCGGAUCCGGAGACCUUCAAUCCGGAUAGGUUCCUGGAAUCAAGUAAGUGAUUCAGUCAAGCUAAUGAAACUGGCAUUGCUGUGUUAUUUCAAAAGUUUGCAGUUUAAUAUUGUUAAAUUGUUUGUGUGUUUGUGUAUAUUUGCUUCCUCAGUAUUUAGAAAAUAUUCAUGAACACCAGGCAAAAUUGUAUUUGUAACCUGUAAAUGUCGUAAAUGCUACUACAAUCCUGGCAUUUUUAAACUUAUUCAAAACAUAUUUAAAAUUUUUCUCAUUGAAAUAGAAUCAACCACGUUACUAUUCAACAGCCAUAUAUGUACCCUGUUGUGACGUCAUCAAAAUCCCAGUUAAUUAGCUCAAAUAUAAUUGAAAAGUUUAAUGCAUUACAAAAUACUGUAUUGUAUGUUCUGCGUGUGUUUGAAAUGGGAAUUCAAAUUAAGCCCAUUCCCCACCAGGCGAAUUUGUUCGCGCGAAGCGCAAAACAAAUCUUGACAAUGUGAUUGGUCCGCGAAAAAAAUUGCCGCGGAAAAUGGACUUAAUGCAUAAUAGCAUUUCUUUGUGUUGCGUGACCACAACUGCCAGGAUGCUUUGCGAGAAUCUUGAUAGGAAACUAAGGAAAGGAUAGCAAAUAAUCACGAAGUAGUGGUCACACACCACAAUGAAACGUCAUUCUGCAUACGUCCCAGUAUAUACAUUCCAAUAGGCUAUGAAAGUGCAAAAUUGGCGGCGCCUACUGUAAGUCCAUAAAUUACUUCUGCAACCGUUUAAAUACGAAUAUCCCAGUGUGUGGGACAGUAGAACUACAGAAGAUCUACAGAAGAUGCGUAGAACUACAGAAGAUGCAGGUGUAGUGUCUGCUAAAGGUAAUGGAUAUCAACAAGUUGUGGUUUACUAAAUUAGAGACCUAUCCAUUUAUAGAGGGAGGAACUAUCUGCAUAGAUUACAGUUCCAAGUUGACAAAAACGUCCCUUGUAAGCAUUUUCGCACAGAACUUGUUGAAGAAUAUCAUUGAUAAAAUUAUAAGGCGCGUAAAAUUAAAACGCUUAGCACAUACAUACCGCUGAUACUGUGUUAUUUUAAGAUAUUUAAUUUUAAACAAUAGUAGUUAAUAAGCUCAUCUAAGAGUUGUCACUGAGAUAACGAGGAUAAUUUUUUAACUGAUUAAUUCACAACAUUUAUUGUUUCUAUAGAUAAUCCCAACAACCGUUAUACUUUCUUGCCAUUUUCCAAUGGUCCUCGAAUCUGCAUCGGCUACAGAUUUGCUUUGAUGGAAAUUAAGGUCGUCGUUGCCACCUUAAUCCGGGAAUUUUCAUUUUCAAUGAUUCCUGGAAUGUCAUUUGCAGGUUCUAUUUCCGUUUCCUACAAACCUGAACCUAAUCUAGAACUUCUCGUACGAAAGGUGAGCGGAUAAGAGGAGACUGUGAGACAAUUCAGUAUAUGAUUAUAUAUGGUAAAUAAUCAGGAUAUGGAAAUGUAAUCAGGAUCAGAUAAUUAUUGAUAUAUUGAAUCAUAUUUUUCGUAUUAAAUUUUGUGAUAUACAACCAUAAAUAGCUAGGACAUCCUAACCAUAGAAGUGAAAUUUCGAGUUUGUCUUUACCAAAAACUGAUCCAUACACCAUUAGAAAAAACUGAAUAAAAAGUGAAUAAAUAUAUCAAGGGGAUACUAUGCUUUUCUGAUCCUAUUUUGAGUUAUAAGCGCUCAAAAAUGAGAAAGAAAUGUGCAUAAUUUCUGCAAAAUCAG